UCUAUCUAGUCGUCACUGAACAGUGACAGUGCUUUCUAUACUUUAAUUGAAGAAAAGUCGCGAGUUCCGUCUGCCAAUUGAUUAGUUGUGAUGUUUGCAGUGUAUAUAUCGUGAUCGAAUUACCAUAGCCUACAAGCGUAAUCAGUGCGUAUCUAAUAUACUAAAUCGUGUAAAAAGGAUCGACAGACAUGGUUCAACAAUACCAAUCGCCCGUUCGAGUUUAUAAGCAUCCUUUUGCUCUUGUCAUGAUGGCAUAUGAGCGUAGAUUUCCAACAUGUCCACAGAUACCAGUUUUUAUUGGAUGUGAAGUUAUGUUAGAUGAGGAGAGUAAGGAUGGUGCAGUUAGAACUACAGAAAGACGGUGUAAAUUAAAUGUCGAAGCACCUUAUAUCUUAAAGAAGAUAAUUGGUGUAGAUUUUGUAUAUUUUAUUCAAAGAAACAUUUUAGAUAGACGCAAUAAUGUUUUAGAAAUAGAAGCAUACAAUGAAAGCUUUUCCUCUAGAGUCACUGUUAUUGAGAAAUGUAGAUAUUUUAUUCAUCCUGAAAAUCCAGACUGGACUUGCUUUGAACAAACAGCAAGUUUAGAUAUCAGAAAUUUCUUUGGUUUCGAAAACUCAAUGGAAAAAUUGGCAAUGAAGCAAUAUGCUCAAAACAUUGCUAAAGGUAAGGAAAUUAUUGAAUUCUUCAUAAAUCAGUUAAAGGAAGAAGGCAUUACUUAUGUCUCUCCAUGGAAAGAUUCACAAGAGAAAUCACCUGAGGAAGAAAAGAAAAAUAUGGAUGAAAAUAAUGAAUUAUAUAGUGACAAAGAAUUAUGUAAUGUCGACAGUAAACUGCCCAGCAAUAGAGAGAUGCAACUGUCUUCAGAUUACAUAGAGAGAUAUCUAGGUAAACUAGACAUGUUACAGGAAAGCAAACUAGUCCAACUCAGACAUAGCAUAGAGGAGUUAAGGGGAAGUUCAGUACCAGGUUAUGCAACUCUCCUACGGUUUCUGCGUGCCGCAGAAUUUUCAGUCGAAAAAGCUAGAGAAAUGUUGACACAUUCCUUACAUUGGAGGAAAAAGCAUCAGAUUGAUAAACUCCUGGAUGAGUAUGAAAUGCCACAAGUGACUAAGGACUACUUUCCUGGUGGCUGGCAUCAUUUUGACAAAGAUGGACGACCCUUAUAUAUCUUAAGGCUCGGUCAAAUGGAUGUUAAAGGUCUACUCAAAUCGAUUGGGGAGGAUGAAUUAUUAUUACUGGCUCUACAUAUCUGUGAAGAAGGUUUGCAUUUGAUGGAGGAAGCCACUACUGUUUGGGGGCAUCCAGUUUCACAAUGGACUCUGUUAAUAGACUUGGAAGGUUUAAAUAUGCGACAUUUAUGGAGACCCGGAAUAAAAGCAUUAUUGAGAAUAAUCGAAAUUGUUGAAGCGAAUUAUCCAGAAACAAUGGGAAGGGUUUUGAUUAUACGUGCGCCUAGGUGUUUUCCUAUUUUGUGGACACUUAUCAGCACUUUUAUUAACGAGAACACCAGGAAAAAGUUCAUUUUCUAUUGUGGUACAGACUAUCAAGAACAGGGGUCUGGAGGUCUCAGUGAAUAUAUCAAUCAAGAAUUUGUUCCUGAUUUUCUCGGUGGUUCCUCAGAGGAAAUGAAUAUAUGCGAAGUCUAUAGUAUGGUACCUCGAAGAUUUUACAUUUUCGACGCAACCGUGAACAGCACAUACAUAAUGGAUGGAGGAGUAGUGCCGAAGAAUUUAUACAGACUAGACUUGGAGGGUACCACUGGUGAACACGAGCACAGUUUAUAUCAUUCCAUUAGCUUAAGCCGUGGCCAAACUCAUCACGUGUUCAUUGAAUCUGAUGAUCCAGGCGCAGUAUUGACAUGGGACUUUGACGUGAUGCGUCAUAAUGUUGUCUUCACGGUGCUUCACAAAUCGAGAAAUAGUGGAAAUGGUGCAAUAGCAGAAGUUUCAGAGCUUGCAGUAGGUGGUGAUCAUGAUAUAGUGAUUGCAAAGGAGCUAAAAGAUAAUUUUGUUAAAGUUGAAUCCAGUGUAGUUUGUCACGAUGGGGAGAGUAUUCAAGGAACUCAUAUCAUGCAAGAUGCAGGUACCUACGUAUUACAAUGGCAAAAUCAAGAAGACCAAACUGAAUUUCUUCCUUCUAUUAGUUCUCAUAAGGCUCAACUUAUGUAUUUUUACGAGACAUUGCCAUCUGCGCAUUAUAGGGGUUCGAUGAUGAGCCUACAAUCUGCAAUAAGCGGACGAUCAGAGGCUAGUUCGUCCUUAUCCAGAUGAAAAAUGAUGGAUGUGAACGUGGAAAUGCAGGAAACAUGAGUGUGAUUCAUUAACAUUUAAAAAAAUAUAUGCUAUGAAAGCAUAAAUCUCAUAAUAAUAUUUAAAGCGACUAAAGUGCGAUUCAAAUUUUAAUCAUUUUGAUAUUUUAUCUUUCUUUGACAUGGAAACUUCCAUACACAUCACCAAGUCUAAACUGCUGCAGGAAUUCAAUUCUCAAGCCUAAAAUACUCACCUCAGUAAUUGCAUAGCCAAUGUUAUCAUAUAAUUGUUAAACAAUGAUACAGUGUAUAAUAAUGUUGUCUGUUUAAACAUUAUUUUCAUAUAUAAACUAGAUCUCAAAAUGAAAUCCUAUACAUUUGAUAAAUUAUAUUGCAAUAUAAGAAACAGGAAUAUCUUGCAACAAGAGCACGUUGUAAUUUCCAGCUCUAAAGCGAAUAGUACUGCAAAGUAUGCAACUGCAGUUAAUGUAUAUUAAUUUAUAUACACAUACAUAUAUAUAUAUAUUUAUAUAAAAAAAUUCAAAUAACGAAAAAAUGUUCUUCCUUUGUGAAAUUACAUUUUACUCGUAUCUUGUCUUAUGAUACAAGAUGAAUAUGUGUAAACGAAUUUUUGUAGAAUUAUAACAAAACAUUCCAUUCCAUCAUUGAUCAAUAGAACACACUGUGCCACAUUUAGAAUAUUUUUCGCAUACUUCCACGAAUCUUUUAAUGUAGCAUGCAAAAGAAUUAGCAAGUUACAUUAGAAUCUCAGAACAAAUAAUAGCUUAAAAUAUAUAGAUUAAGUUUAAACGUUGUGAUGACGCUUUCAAGCUUAGGGAAAAUAGCUGCCUAAAAAUUAAUAAACACAUGUAAUAUGUUUAAAAAUUUGUGUGCCAAAGUGUUUAAAUUAACGAAAAAUACUUUUAGUACAACUGGAGAAACGAAUUAUAAAUGAAAAUAAGAGAAAAUUAAUUUUGAGAUAACAAUAUACUGUUACAGAAUACAAUUUAUGAUCAUUAAAUAUGAAUGACUGUUUUGACAAGAAAAUAAUACUUCAAUGUGUUAUUGUUAAUUUUCAGGUAGCUUAAAAGAUUAUAUCAAUAAGCAUAAUAUUUACAUAAAUUAUUUAA